AUGGAAACAACCAGUGAUUUGGGUAAUUCCCUGUGGCUGGAAGGAGACCUGGAGUGCAUUCAUCACCACUGUUAUCAAUGCGAAGAGGGGAGCAGAAACUUUUCGAAUGGAAUGAUUUGUCUGGGAAAUCAGUGGAGAUUUGAGAGAUCGAGCUCUUUCUUUGAGAAUUAUACUGAUUUGGUAUUCAAGAAGGACAUUACUAGUAUUGUACUGAUUGUUUCGAUGGUUUUAUUUUUCGUAUCGACCAUUGUUGGACUUUUCAUUGAUUGUUACAAGAUUAAAAUUUCCAAAACUGAAAUUUCAGUUCUGGAAGAGGAAAUGUUGAAAGAUAAACAUUUUAUGAAAUUGUAUGAGAAGAAGGUGGAGAAGGAGAGAAGCAAACGAUUGAAGAAAUUGAAGGAAAAGAAGAAGGCAUUGGAAGGAGCUCCAUUCUUUUCCAGUGAUGAAGACGAAUCGAAAGAGAAAGAGGACGAAACAGAGGAAAGAAACGAAGAAGAAGUUGUUUCGAAUGAACACUUUUCAGAGAGUGAUGGUGAAGGGCUCGUUUCAAAGAAAAGUAGAAGAAAUGACCUUUCGAAUGAGGAAAGAAAAGUUGAACGAAUCUCAAGACCCCUCCCACUUAAUCCAAGACAAAGAAAACAUUUGGAAUUCUUAGAAAAAUUACAAAAAGAACAGGAAGAAUCAAAAAAUGAAAUUAAAUCAGAUGACAUUUUGUUGGAAACACAUUCCAAACCUACCAUAAGAGGAGAACAACAAAAUUUCACAUUCAGCAGAAAUGGAAAUUUAAAUAUUCACAAAUCAACUCAAAACGAAGAUGAUGAAUAUUAA